AAUAUUUUAAAUGCGAAAAUUUUGAAGAAUCCUCUAUGCACAUGAAGUCGUACAAUCAUAACAUUAACAAAAACAAAACUCCUUAUGAUCUCGAAAACUAAGAGUACAUUAGCAAACCACAAAUUACCUCUUGAUUAGUGCAAACACAGUCCCACCACCGACCAAUCUUGGUUUACUUCACUAUAUUGCCAAAUAGUUUACCAUGUCAGCUGUGCACGUGCUCCCUCAUAUUUGAUUUCGAUUAACCUUGAUUUCUCCCUAUAAAUACUAAGUAGUUCUCCCUUAAAUCGUAUCCAUUAUCAAAUCACUAAUCACUAUCACUUAUUGUUCAAAGCUUUCUUAUUACUAGAUAGGUUAUCUCUAUAUUUUUCAUUUGCUUGUGUUGUUAGUAUACAAUGGCCGAGAAGCACCAGGCUGAGAAUGGAGGUGAGACUGCCGAUACCGGAUGUGGGAUGUUUGAUUUUUUGAAAAAGAAAGAAAACGACAAGCCGCAGCAGCCUCAAGAGGAAGUUGCCAAGAAAGAUCAGCAUCACCAGUCUCGUGAUGCUGACUCUAGCUCGUCUAGUAGUGAUGAGGAAGAUGGGAAUGGAGAGAAGAGAAAGAAGAAGGGGUUGAAGGAUAAGAUUAAGGAAAGGAUUUCGGGGAAAAAGGAAGGGGAACAUACUGACGAUGUUCAUGCAACAGAGAUAAAAACUAACAAUCAUGUCGAAAAUGAAAAAACAGUGAACCCAGAGGAGAAGGGAUUUUUAGAGAAGAUCAAGGAUAAGCUUCCCGGACAGCACAAGAAGGCUGAGAAUCAUGGUGUAAAUGCAGAGUGUGGUGCAGAAGGCCACAAGAGCCAUGAAGAUGAGUCCAAGGAAAAAAAGGGAAUAUUUGAGAAGAUUAAGGAGAAGCUGCCUGUUGGCCACAAGGAAGAAGAGAGGGCCAAGGAAAACUAGGCAAACGUUGCCUAUGGAUAUCUUUGUCUAGGCUAGUCAAGCUUGUUUUAUUUGUGAGAACGGAACUAUUAUGUUAUGCUUGUUUUAUUUGUAAGAAAAAUGAUUCAUGAAUCAUGUGCUUGUAUUAAACUUCCAAUCCAAGUUUCUUUUCUUCUCGUUUGUAAUCUGGUAAUCUGGUAAUGUAUUUGUACUCUGCUUGUUGAUUUAAAGCCAUUUUCUAAGGUCCGC